UUAUGGGAGGAAUACACACGCGUACACACACACACACCAAUCACAAGUUCCAUCCUACAUCACAUGGAGAGAGGAGGUGAUUGAACGGAGCGGGGCUGAGGCGGACAGACAGUGAGGGGCUCCGGGGGACACGGCGGUGAAAGAUAAGGACACACGGCGCUGCGUCUGUGGAUUAAUUUGUCUUUCUCAAGACUGGCCAUUUCUCACGUUUCAGUUCUUUUUUGUCUUCGGGCUGAAAUGUUUCAGAAUCCAACAGCAGCUUCCUCCAUCCCUGUUGUGCUGCAUUGCUGGGCCUGAGCCGGAGCUGAACUGCCAGUAACAGCCACCAGGCCCGAGGGCCGCUGGACCAAUAAGACAUGCUGGCUGCCAUGCUGCGCCAGAGUACAGGCGGGGGAUCAGGAGGAGGCGGCGGGACGGGCAGCGGCGGCGGUGGAACCAAACUUCCCCUGGGCAUCUCCCGACUCUCCAGCUCCAGCUUGGGCUCAGCAAGCCCUGCCAGCGCAGGCUCCUGGGUGCCAGGCAGGGUGUCCAAGAGCGGCUCGGUGAGCUCGGACAGUCCAGACGUUCCCACCUCCGAUCCGAACUAUAUUAUGCAGCUGGUCAGCGAUGUGCGCAAGUUUGCUGAUGUGCUUCUGCAACUCAAAGAAGUUUUCAACUCCAAAGAGCACCAGGACUGUCUCCAUCACGCGGUCCACGAGCGCCUUGGGGAGCUGCUGCGAGUCCUGAAGGCCAUUAUCAGCAAACACCAGAGCCUCAACUCGGUGGACAUCCUCAGUACUGCUGGAACCGUCAUCGCCACGGUCAAAGGGGUGAACUUUAAGGAGGUGAACGAAGAGAACAAACAGAAGCUUUUCGGAGAGAUCUACACUGCUAUCGACACAUUGGCAUUCACCUUUGGCAAUGUAGUGUCUGACUUCCUUAUGGGAGAUGUAGAGAAUGGAUCAGUGUUGGGGCUCCCCCUGACUAAGAGAAGCAGGUCUUUUGAGAACCUCUCUGUGGAAUCCGGAGGAUCCGGUCCCGAGAAAGAUGAUCCACCAGGGCCGUCGCCGCCGGUUCGGCCAGAAGAGGUGGACAGGACACUGCAGCGGCAGGACAGUGGGGUGGAGUCAGCAUUGCUCUACGCCAAGGCCUGGUCCAAGUACACCAAAGAGUUGCUGGCGUGGGUGGAGAAGCGUCUCAGUAUGGAUAUCGAAUGUGCAAAGAGUUACGCCAAAAUGGCAGAAUCUGCCAAGACUCUUGCAAGUCAACAGGAAUUCAUGCCUUUCCGUGAGACCUACAUGACUGCUUUCAAAAAUGACAUUGAGUUCAGCCAGCUGGUACUUCACACUGCAGCAGUACUCCAAAGCAACAAAUUCAUGCAGCCUCUCCUGGCCAGAAAGAAUGAGCUGGACAAACUAAGAAAAGAGGUCAAGGAGCAGUGGCAGAGAGAGCAAAAGAAAAUGCACGAGGCAGACAGCGCUCUAAAGAAGGCCCGGCUGCUGCAGGCCCAGCGGCAGGAGGAAUAUGAGAAGGCAAAGGUGUCGACAAGCCGCUUAGAGGAGGAGCAGAUCGGAGGAGGAGGAGGUGCAGCAGCAGCCAAACAGCUAGAGAAGAGGCGCAGGCUGGAGGAGGAGGCCCUGCAGAAGGCUGUGGAGGCCAGGGAGCACUGCAAGGCCUGCCAGAUUGAUGUUGGGGUGAAGAGAGUCGAUCUGGCCAGCACCAAGAGUGAGAUCAUCACCCAGAUCCGAGAGAUGGUCUCCCAGUGCGACCUCACACUCAAGGCUGUGACAGUCAACUGGUUCCAGCUCCAGCAGGCCCAGGUCGUAUCCCUCCCCGUCAACCACCAGAGUCUGUGUGAAAAUGCCAAACUGUACGAGCCGGGCCAGCGCUAUAUAGAUUUUGUCCGGAGUCUACCAACUGAUGGGCCUCGUCUGGAGUCCCACUCCUUUGAUUCAGCUGUCACACAAAACACAGGGAUUCCUUUCAACAAGUGCUCGCUCAGUGGCAGCCACUCAUCCCACAGUAACUUAUCACAGGCAUCUGUGACCUCUGACCUCCUUGGUGCAGAUGAUGUCGACAGUCCCAUCAGUGCCCAACACACCAAGAUCGUGGAGAGGCUAUCCAACAGUAGCACUGACAUCCAAGCACUUCGGAUUCAGGCCCCAUUUCGUCCGUGGGCCUCAGCCAGCCAGGGUGGAGGAAUGUGCAGCGACUCGGAAAGUGCUGGAGGGAGCAGCGAGUCCCGGUCCAUGGACUCACCCACUGCAAGCCCAGGAGACUUUAAGAGGAGACUACCCAGAACCCCCUCCACUGGCACCAUGUCAUCUGCUGAUGACUUGGAUGAGAGAGAGCCUCCAUCUCCCUCUGAUAAUGGUUUAAGUGAGAUGAUAAUCGAAACAGCCAGCUCCCCGGGUCCUUUUAGAAACACCCAGAUGUCCAAGGCUGCCCAAACUCACAAGCUGAGGAAGCUCAGAGCUCCAUCCAAAUGUAGGGAGUGCGACAGCCUGGUGGUGUUCCAUGGAGCAGAGUGUGAGGAGUGUUCGUUAGCCUGCCAUAAGAAGUGCCUGGAAACCCUGGCCAUCCAGUGCGGCCAUAAGAAACUCCAGGGAAGGCUCCACCUCUUUGGCAUUGACUUCACGCAGGCAGCUAAGAACAGUCAGGACGGCAUUCCCUUCAUCAUACGGAAGUGUACAUCAGAAAUUGAGAACAGAGCGCUCAACAUCAAGGGGAUCUACCGCGUGAAUGGUGCCAAGUCUCGGGUUGAGAAGUUGUGCCAGGCGUUUGAGAAUGGCAAGCACCUGGUGGAGCUCUCAGAGCUUUAUCCCCACGACAUUAGCAACGUACUCAAACUCUACCUGAGACAGCUUCCAGAGCCGCUCAUCCUGUUCCGCUACUACAAUGAUUUUAUCGGUUUGGCCAAAGAAAGUCAGAGUAUCAUUGUGGAGGAACUGGAAGCAUUGCGGCUCAGUCCCACCUCAGUGGCUCCGGCCCAGGUCAGUGUGGAGCUCAACCGGGUUCUCUUCAAAAUCAAGGACCUACUGAAGCAACUGCCACCAGCUCAUUACAAGACACUGCAGUUCCUCAUAGAACAUCUGCACCGUGUGACAGAGCAGUCAGAGGAGAAUAAGAUGACAGCCAGCAACCUCGGUAUCAUCUUUGGUCCAACACUGAUCAAACCGAGGCAGGCGGAUGCAGAAGUUUCCCUUUCCUCUCUGGUGGAUUACCCCUAUCAGGCACUUGUUAUUGAGCUCCUGAUCAGGCACUACGAGAUGGUCUUUGACACCCCGCUCAGUCCACUGAGUGGCACCUCACCUACAGAGAUCGAUGCCCAACCCCGCCCUGACACCCGCCUAACCCACCAGGAGAAGGAGCAGCAGCUGAGCAGGCACUCAAAGUCAUUGGGAGACAUUAAGGAGCAGAGUUCCAAGGUGUAUAAGAGGCAUUCUUCCAUAAUUCCUUCUUCCCACUUAUUGGCUGAGGUUCAGGAAAGCACGCGAAGCCUCGACGGAAGUGACUUUAAACCUGCUGAUGAAGUGGAUUCAGAGACCUUCAAUGGGGUUUUGACAUCAAGUGUUGAUGAGGUCCGUAAACCUGGCGAGAGAGGCCUCAGUCGUUCUCAGCAUAUCACCGUCACCAGGGUCCAGCUUCGACACCCGCGCAGCAAACUCUCCUCCAGGCCAAUCAGCAUGCCAGCUGAACAAAUGUUCAACAGGGGCCAGGUUGACGAGAAUAACACGCGGAACAGCACUGACCAAGAUGACCGGAGGGGUGGUAGCUGUGACCAGCCCAUUGAGGAGGUGGACGAAACCGAGAACACAAUGCUGCGAGCAGGCACACAUUACCGGAGUACAUUUAUUGACACACAGACACUACGCAGAACUUGGGACAAACAGUACAAGCAUGAAGUUUCUUCCAGAACUGUAAGAAUUGUGGCCAGUUUGCCCACAGACAGUACAGCAGUGGAUGCCAGCAACGUAUCUGCUUCUGUGUCCUCAUCAUCCUUCUCCCUUGGGACUACUGGGAGCUCUAUUAGCACCAUCUACCCCCACAGACCUUAUACUGUCGCAGUGCGACCCAGCAGGACAUUAAGAAGGGAGGACAAUGUUACCAAGUUCAAUCCUGUUGCAACAGCUUUCAGGGCCCCUAGAACUCUCCAGCCUCCCCCAGGGACCUUCUACAAGCCCCCGUCAGGGAGCAAAACGAAAGCGCUGCAGAACUGUGCAUUAGCCAACAGCGCUGAGGAUGAAGAUGAGGAUGAAGAUGAGGAGGAGGAGGAGGAGGAGGAGGAGGAAGAAGAGGAGUUGGGGAUUGAGAUAGAGGUGUCUGUAGAUGAGCCUCUUGAGGAGGGUAAUGAGGCUGAGCAGGCAGCCAUGUCUCCCAGCUCUAGCCCUGAGGAACUGGGCCCAAACCAGGCCAAACCAGUGUACCAGAGACUGAGACCCAGACGCCUCCAAGAGGUAGAACAUCGAGAGGCUCAUUUUGUGUGAUCAUCUGAGCAUCACGGAUCAUCAGAUCUUCAAAAACAGCACUCAAAUGCUAACAAUGUGUGCCAUAUUCUAUUGGAAAAAGAAUAAGAAACACCUGUAAAGACGAUUUCCGGAUGUACUAUGAAUGUGGGCACUGUGUGGGCAAUUAAAUGUACCUUUUGGUCCUCAGAAGACAAACAAGAUGCACUUAAAAUGCUGUAUAUUUUUAACAAGCUUCACCAAUAUUUCAUUUACCAAUCACUCACUCAGUACACUCUGGCUCUUCGUCAGAAUAUUUAUGAUUAUUUUUGAAACUGUGCAAUUACAUUUUUUUUUUUUUGAACAAUUUUGUACAAAGUUUUUACAGGCUCACUAUCUAUAUAUGUUUAUAUACCAAAAAACGGUUUGAAUUGUUACAAUAGUGCAUGUAGCCACAUUUUUUAAAAAAGUUUGGUGCACUUACCUGACAUCAAUACUCUUCCACAAACCUUUUCAGAGUCGUGUUAACUGUCAGAAUGUUUUAAACUGUUACAGUUAGGUUAUAACUAAUAAUUUUUAUAAUAACUUGUGUAUAAAGCAAUAUUAUGACCUUUGUUACAUGCUGUACUGGGUAUGUGUAUAGGCAUUUGGUAAUGUUUUGAAUCACCAGUUGCAAAGGGUAUACAUUCACUUGUUUUUAUACUGUUGAACUUGUAUGUUGUCAACUUAAACUGAUCUGAAACAAAGCUUUUAGAAGUACCCCUGGAUUGUAUAAUGGCAUUAUCUUUCUUAUUUUAAGAUAACAUUUACAUUUCUUUUUAGCCAAAGCUGUUCUUCUUUUCACAACUGAAGUACUUCAUCAAUAACCUAAACCUUACAGGUUCUUUGUAAGUAAUCAGAAGUGCAUCAUUUAUUUAAAUGGUAUCUGUUUUUUUAUGGCAAUGUACAAGGUUGACAGAAUGUUGAAAAGUUCAGUGUAAAAAAAACAGGUACUUGAAAACAAAAACCCUUUUGUAACUUAUUAAAAUAUAUCCGACAACUUCAA